AUGUAUAUUUUACUUUAUAUUGGGCGAAAACUUCAAACCAUUAAUCCUCAACAUCGUAAAGGGGCUAUUUCAUCACAAAAUGGACAUUUCAAAAUUAAUAGUAUAGCGAGAACAAUUCCUUUUCACCCUGAUUUUAGUCAAUUUGUGGAAAGAUGCAUAUCAGUAUCAAUUUUAUUCGCCCAUAUUUUUAGUCAACUUAUGGAAUAUGCAAUGAUUUUCAUGAGUGCAAGUAUUUAUGAGUUCCGGCAUAAUGAUCAUACUCCUGCACCAGAUCGGAUCUAA